GCUAGCUAGUUAGCCUCACCCGGGGCCUGGGCGGUUAUGGGCGUAAGCUGAAAAAUAUGGUAGUCAGCAAGCGACAGAGAGUAUCUGGAAGACAAGGCGAGUGAAACAAUGUCGGUAGCUCGCUAGGUAGGAUCCUUCAUUGUUUCUGGAGCCUUUGGGACGUUGGUUUUGUUUUUUACAUUCAGAGGAAGGAGAAAAGACCGGCGUGUCGAAUUCCACAGAAAUCUAAGUCCUUGCAGUUGUCUCACUACUGGGAGGCCGGAUACUUGGAGAGAUAUCGAGCCGUCGGUGUAUUUUCGAAGUUGCAGCAAACUAGUUUAGUGUACCGUUAGGUAGCUGGGUCAGACUCGAAACAUACAGCUGUUGGACCAAAUCACCAACUUUUAACUGAUGGAUCUCCUUUCGGAGACUGGACUUUCUGAAGAUCAAUGCGUAAUAACUGUGAAAGGACUGGAGCUCAGAGCUGGACUCAAAGAACCGAGGCUCCUGUCCCUCAUACAGCAGGGUGGGGAGUACAUACUCUGCAUUUUGGCGAACCCCGACGCUGCCGCGAAGAGCCCAGUGCCUCAGCUGUCAAUACCCAUCAACAGCCACUUCCAAAUUGUACAAGAGGCAGAAGAAGCUCUUCUCAUUGACAUCCCUGUUAACUCUUCCCUGCGGGUGCACGUGCAAGGCGAACAGACCCCAGAGCUGCUUCUGGAGCUGCCAGACGAUGACUGUGGUCACUCCUUUCUCGCACAGGUGAAGAACGCCAAGCAGCAAGUUGUGCUGAAGAGUCUGCCACGCAAAACGAUGGAAACCGAUUCCCCACCACCUGCCGCACCUCCAAGGGGCACCAGCAAACUGGUCAGCACUGGAGGCCCCAGCACCAGUGGCACAAAGACGGUCAAUGCAAAUAGCAGCACUGCCGGACACAGAGUGACCAUAGACGCGCAAGGUCCAGGCCUCACCCUGGCUGACCUCGGCAUCGAGGACCACUUCAGCACCGCCCAGAAAGCGGAGGAGAAGAAGAACCAGCAGAACCGAGCGGUCGCCCCGCGGGACCCACCCCCAGUCCCCCCGCUCCCGCCCCGCAAGGGCUCCUACAACCCCAGCGCGGCUUCGGCGGGACUGCCCUCGAAAGACAGAGCCCUGCCCGCUCAGGGCAGAGACAGCCCUUUCAUUACCCCGGCCGGCAGAGAUUACAGGCCCUGGAGCGAUAAGCCACCGGGCUGGAGCGACAGCCCCACCACCAACACCAUGAGGCAGGCCAUGUUCACCAGCCAGGCGGGCCAGAGGGAGGGCCUCAUCAAGCACUGCCUGGCCAAGAAGGAGAAGGAGUACGUGGACAUCCAGAACUUCAGGUUUUUCACAGGCACGUGGAAUGUGAAUGGACAGUCUCCAGAUAGCAGCCUGGAACCCUGGCUUAGCUGUGACCCGGAGCCACCAGACUUUUAUGCUAUCGGCUUCCAGGAGCUGGACCUGAGCACAGAGGCCUUCUUCUAUAUGGACUCCUCCAAGGAGCAGCAGUGGGUGGAGGCUGUGGAGCGGAGUCUGCAUCCUAAAGCCAAAUACAGACGUGUGCGCCUCAUCCGGCUGGUGGGCAUGAUGCUGGUGGUGUUCGCUAAGAAGGAGCACAAGAGCCACAUCAGGGAGUUGGCUGCUGAGAACGUGGGCACGGGAAUCUUGGGUAAAAUGGGGAACAAGGGGGCUGUGGCUGUGCGGUUCGUGUUCCACAACACCACCUUCUGCUUUGUGAACUCCCACCUGGCCGCGCAUGUGGAGGAGUUCGAGCGGCGCAACCAGGACUACAAGGACAUCUGCGCCCGCAUGAGCUUCCACAUUGCGGAGCAGCCCCCCCUCAGCAUCGUCAAGCACGAUGUAGUAAUCUGGCUGGGAGACCUGAACUACCGCCUGUUUGUGUAUGAUGCCUCAGAGGUCAAAAUGCUCAUCUCCCAGAAUGAGCUGAAGAAGCUACAGGAGUGUGACCAGCUCAACAUCCAGAGAGAGACACGCAGAGCCUUCACAGAUUUCGCGGAGGGAGAGAUCAACUUCAUACCCACCUAUAAAUACGACGCCAAAACAGACCGAUGGGACUCCAGUGGGAAGUGCCGUGUCCCAGCCUGGUGUGACAGGAUCCUGUGGAGGGGCGGCAGCGUGAAGCAGCUGCACUACCGGAGCCACAUGGAGCUGCAGACCAGCGACCACAAGCCUGUCAGCUCCCUCUUCAGCAUAGGGGUCAAGGUGGUCAACGAGCAGCGGCAGAAGAAGGUCUUCGAGGAGAUUGUGCGCCUGAUGGACCGGAUGGAGAACGACUUCCUCCCGUCCCUGUCGCUCACCCGGAGAGAGUUCACCUUUGAGAAUGUGAAGUUCCGGCAGCUGCAGCGCGAGCGUUUCGUCAUCACCAACGACGGGCAGGUGCCCUGCCACUUCAUCUUCAUCCCCAAGCUCAACGACUCCCAGUACUGCAAGCCGUGGCUGCGCGCUGACCCCUGCGAUGGAUACUUGGACCCCAAUGAAUCUCUGGAGAUUUGCUUGGAGGUGUACGUCAGCAAGGACUCGGUGACCCUGCUCAACUCCGGGGAGGACUCCAUCGAGGACAUCCUGGUGCUGCACCUGGACCGCGGGAAGGACUACUUCAUCACCAUCUCCGGCAACUACCUGCCUAGCUGCUUCGGCACCUCCCUGGAGACGCUGUGCCGCAUGAAGAAGCCUAUCCGCGAGAUCCCCAUCACCAAGCUCAUCGACCUGGGAGAGGACAGCUACAUGGAGAAGGAGAAGUCCCGUGUGAACUUCCUGGUGGACAACACGGGGACCGAGGACAGGCCCUUGAAGAUCCCCAAAGAGGUGUGGCUGCUGGUUGACCACCUCUUCACAAAGUCCUGCCAGCAGGAGGACCUGUUCCAGACACCGGGAAUGCAGGACGAACUGCAGAGCAUCAUCGACUGCCUGGAUACCAGCAUUCCUGAGACCAUACCUGGCAGCAACCACUCAGUGGCGGAGGCCCUGCUCAUCUUCCUGGAGGCUCUGCCGGAGCCCGUGGUGUGCUACGAGCUCUACCAGCGCUGCCUGGACUGCUCGCACGACAGCCGCCUCUGCAGACAGCUGAUUUCCCAGCUUCCCCGGGCCCAUCGCAACGUUUUCCGGUACCUCAUGGCCUUCCUGAGGGAGCUGCUCAAGUAUUCCCACCACAAUAACCUCACUGCCAGCCUCAUAGCUACUCUAUUCGGUAGCCUCUUGAUCCGGCCCCCGCCCAACUUGGUGGGCAAGCAGACGUCGCAGGACCGCCAGAAAGCCAUCGACUUCAUCCUGGGGUUCCUCAUGGCUGCCGAGGAGGAGUGAAGGCCAUGGGGAAAGGUCAGGGGUCGUAGGUCGCCCCCAGCCUCCCGCUAGGAGCAGGGAGCCUGUCGUAUACGGAAGGGCUGGAAUCCGAGAAGCUGGGGACGAGGUGCCCCCCCCUCCCCAAUUUCUCCCACUUCACUCCAGCGAAUGUCACUGUUCCAAGUGCAGGUUGCUUUUAAAAUGACACCUCUGCGCCCUUGCCUCCAGAAGGUGGCACUGGUUCCCCCCUAGCUGUUUUGCACCUUCUGCAUAUCAGAUCCACAUAGCUGGAUGUUCUGUGCCAAAAGAGCCCCUUGAUAUUCUGUUGUGUCUGAAUGUAUGUAUUUUAUUUGAAUUUCACAAGUAAUGAUCAUGUAUGACACUAAAGACUGCUCACACACUAAAGAGCAUUGGGAACAGUUGGAUUCAUGCUGCUUGUCAGAAUUUGUUUUUCCUCUCUUUAUGGACCCCCAAAGCCUGGAGUACCAUGUAUUCCUCUUGAACUCCUCAUGCUUGAUGACAACCUUGAAUCCUUGCUUGUAAUGAAAGCAAAAAACCAAGGAACUGUUUUCUACUUGAGAAUCAGAUGAAUGGGCUACCAGUAAGCACCGAGGAUUCUGUGAUGGUCCCGCCUUAAGGACACUGACUGAGUGAUGCGUCUGCUUGGCGUUUUAUUUUUUUUGUUUUGUUUUAACCAGUCUUUUGCACCAUUUUCAUUGUUUUUGUUCCUUCCACAACCAUUUCUGGACAUUUUACACAAGACAUAGGAAUAUUAGCCCUUGACUGUUUUUAACGGCUGCUUUUUAAAGACAUAUUUAUUAUGACUCCUCCCCUUGAAGACCUGAGGGCAUUUCACAAACCUGACUGAAGAGUGCUGGAUUUCCCUGUGACUUCUUGAUGAGCCCUUUGGCUCUGCGUUACAUCACUACGCUGUCCCAUAAUCCCCUAGCCCCCUUUUUUUUUCCUUGGUUGUACUCAGUAAGCUCAAUGUUGCUCAAUGUUUUAAACAGGGCUGAUUGGAGGAGAAGUGGGGGAAAAAUAGGCCAAGUUUCAGCCCAGGACUAUUCCUCUUACCUGCACCUCUGAAAUGUUGUAUGAUAAACUCUUACACUCACUGCAGUACUGGAUCCUCCCUUUGAAGAGACCAUUGUUUCUUCCUUACACUGUGCUUAAAAAAAAAAAAAGGAUGCCAACAGAGAUCAGAUCACACCACAGGGCAUCAAUGUCUUACUGGUGUAAAUAGUGCUGUUACACGUCCCUGUGUGAUGUUUGACCGUGCCGUUGCCCCAUGAUGAUGAAUAGUGUGAGGAUGUGCUCUGUUCCGUUUGUGUCUGUGUGUAGGAGUCCAUGUCGUGUUGGUGGUACGCUCAAACCGAAUUCUCCCACAUAAUAAGGAACCCGCCUUCGCUCGCGGCAUUGCGGCUGCGCGCGAACGCUUUGAGGUCUGUGUGACUCUGGGAUGCCAGCGCCCCGUUGGACGGGAGCCGACGGAGAGCAAGGCGUGCCAUUCCCACAAUUCCUCCUCGCGAACAGUGUUCGCCUGGCGCGCUCACCCGCAGGCUUUGGAGAAGCUGCCUCAC